CCAAUCAAACGACGGAAUUUCCCUCACGUCAUGACUGAUAUUUUUCAGUGGGUGGGAAGCGGAUUUGAACUUUGGGAUCGAGUCUGCAUGCAGACGCAGCGACAGCUGAGGGAGCAACAGUGACAGCAGAGGCCAGGGAAAGUGUACAGCUGUCUGUCAGCUCCACCACCUCAGUCAAGACCUGUUGUGCCUCAGGCUCUCCACGUUUAUCGCACACAAUGUCGUUCAUUCUCAUGAAGAAAAAGAGAUUUAAAUUUAAAGUUGACUUCGACUUGGAGGAACUGUCGUCGGUCCCCUUCGUGAACGGAGUGUUAUUCUGCAAAGUUAGACUCCUGGAUGGAGGCUUUGCCGAAGAGUCGUCUCGGGAGUCAGUCCAAGCCAACUGUGUACGCUGGAAGAAGAGGUUCUCUUUCAUGUGUAAGAUGAGUGCCAAUGCUGGGACAGGUGUACUGGACCCCUGUUUGUGCCGGGUGUCUGUGCGCAAGGAAUUGAAGGGUGGAAAAACUUUUGCAAAGCUGGGCUUUGCUGACUUGAACCUGUCUGAGUUUGCUGGAUCUGGCAGCACUACAAGACGGUGUCUCCUAGAGGGAUACGACACCAAGAACACCAGACAGGACAACUCAAUUCUGAAGGUUGUCAUCACCACACAGCUUAUGUCUGGAGACCCGUGUUUUAAAAAGCCCCCAUCCACAGCCAUGACUCUGGGGAUCCCACAGGCAGAGGCAGAGUGUCUCUGCGAGGACAGAAAGGGAGGGAACAUGCACAUAUCCCAUUCACUCACUGAGACUCCAGGAAAGUCAGUAUCAGUCCCAGAGGAGCUGGUAGUGUAUGGUCACUCUAGAACACCCAGCUAUGCAAGUCAGCAGUCAAAAAUCUCAGGUUACAGCUCGAAUUACUCCAGUUUAACAGAUCUCAGCCAUCGGCGGAGUGCGUCAGGAGGGUCAGCCUCAACAGGCAUCGGCAGCAUCCUGGAACCCAGUGAUCACCAGGGGGAGAGAGGAGAGAGGGAGAGCAGGACCACUCCCCCAUUUUCUGCAACCUGUCACCCUGCACCUGAACACCCCUCUACCCCUGCUAAAGGUCCAAGACAUCCAGUGAAGCAGAACUCAGUGGAGAACCAGCUGAAGAGAGUUGAUGCCACCAGGGUGGAUGCUGACGACAUAAUCGAGAAAAUCUUGCAGAGCCAGGAUUUCAGUCACGGCUUCUUGGACUCCAGCGCAGAGGAGGAAGGGCUCAGCUUGUUUGUUGGUCCUGGUGGGAGUACAGCCUUGGGAAGCCAGCACACGAGAGUCGCAGCUGGAGCCUUUGAGCAGGUGGUGAUGAAGCGCUAGGCUUUGGGAACCAUGUGCCUGUCAUAAAGGGUGCCGUAUUACACUGAUGCGGGGGACACAAGACUUACCAUUAGAAGUUGCUCCGGUCUCACUCCAGGAGAUUUAAUUUCUCCCACGCAAUCCCUCUGCGUCUGACCUACAGUGUCUGUUGUGCAGAAGAGUCCCCUAGUGGUCAAGAAAUGGAAAUGAAGGCCACAUUUUUGGAACAUUCUGGUGGCUGUGAUAAAUGGUGUACUGACAUUUCUGUUGGUCUUAUGCUCUAUUAAAACUGUAAAACUACUACUGUAAUAUGCACAUGUUCAGCUAUCUUGGUGACAUUUGAGCUAUUGAGGGGAUUCCAUGUUAUUUAAAAUAGUAUGUUAAAGUAUUUAACAUGUUUUUACUUUGUAAAUUUUGUUUUACCAUUUUACUUGUACCAUAAGUGGAAGACAUAAGUGAGGGGACUGGGUCCAUUCCUUGAAGUCCCAUUUAUUUAAACUAAUAGAAAACUGACAAUGUGGAAUUUACAGUGGCUGCAGCACCAUGGUGUGUCAGUAGCUCUAGCCCAUUACAGACAAACACCUCUGUUCACCUGGUUGUGAAGGAGGAUGACUGCAUUUAAAAGACCAUGAAGUCUUUGUGAUUGGUGCCUUCGGUAUGAUAUCUCUUUUUGUGUGUGUGUGUGUGUGUGUGUGUGUGUGCGUGUGUGUGUGUGUGUGUGUAUGACUGCUGUCUGUCAAAAGGAAUGAGUUUAUUUUUACCACCAAUUUUGUAAAUGUGCCAGUAUGUAUAUUUGCUGCCACUUAAGAAGUCAUAUCUGUAUUAUGUGAACUAUGAAUGUGUUAAAAGUCAACUGUGUAAAGCCCAUGAUAUUUUUAAGAUAUCUAUAUCUUAUUCUUAAGAUGACAGAAUGCUGAUGUUGUAUUCAAGUCCAACUAAAAAGUAAAUUUUUAAAAAGCGCUCUCUGGGUAACUCCAACCACUUUUU